AUGAUUAAAUUAAAAAAUAAAUAUUUUAACAUCUUAACAAUAAUAAACAAAAGAUAUAGCAAAAUGGCUGAACAUAGCAACGUUAUUCACCUUAACUACAAAGAAUUCGAUGCCAAAUACACCGAAUUGAAGUAACAAGGCAAACCCUUCGCAGUUUUAUUCACUGGUGACAAUGUUCCUGGAACUACUGACUCAUGGUGUGGAGAUUGCGUCAGAGCUCACCCUGUUAUUUAAUCAACUGUUAUUCCUAAAUGUGCUGAGCUUAAUAUUCCCUUUUUGGAAGUUUUAGUUGGUUUAAGAGAAGAAUGGAGAACUCCUACUCAUUCAAUUAGAAACCACCCUGAUCUUAUGUUAACUAAUAUUCCUACUUUACUUCUCAAUCAAAAGGGUAAAUUCAUCAAGAAAUUAGUUGAAGGUCAAAUCCUUAACAAAGGACUUCUUGAAGACUUCUUUGAAUUAGACGAUUGA